AACAGACAAGUUCUCCUUUCGACUCGAUUUCAACUCCUAACAUUCUCAUCACCCACACUCUUCCUUCAAUAGGGGCUGCUUUUUCAUCUGCCUGCUCCCGUUUCUAGUCGUUCACUUCCAGUUUACUACAGAUUUUGCAUUGUAUCUUCCUUCAAGAUGCGCGAGAUCAUUAGCAUCAACGUCGGUCAGGCGGGUUGCCAAAUCGCCAACUCUUGCUGGGAGUUGUACUGCCUUGAGCAUGGUAUCCAGCCCGAUGGUUUCUUGACCGAAGAGCGCAAGGCCGCGGAUCCCGAUCACGGAUUCAGCACCUUCUUUUCAGAGACUGGUCAGGGCAAGUAUGUUCCUCGCACUAUUUACUGCGAUCUCGAGCCCAACGUCAUCGACGAGGUUCGCACCGGUACCUACCGCAGCCUUUUCCACCCCGAGCAGAUGAUCAGCGGCAAGGAGGAUGCGUCGAACAACUACGCCCGUGGACACUACACCGUGGGCAAGGAGCUCAUCGAUCAGGUCUUGGACAGAGUUCGCCGCGUCGCCGAUAGCUGCGCUGGUCUCCAGGGUUUCCUGGUCUUCCACUCCUUCGGUGGUGGUACCGGUUCUGGUUUCGGUGCCUUGUUGAUGGAGCGUCUGUCCGUCGACUAUGGGAAGAAGAGCAAGCUAGAAUUCUGCGUCUACCCUGCUCCCCAAACUGCUACCUCGGUCGUCGAGCCCUACAACUCUAUUCUUACCACACACACUACCCUCGAGCACUCUGACUGCUCUUUCAUGGUCGACAACGAGGCCAUCUACGACAUCUGCCGCCGAAACCUUGGCUUGGAGCGCCCCAACUACGAGAACCUGAACCGACUGAUUGCUCAAGUCGUUUCUUCUAUUACCGCUUCUCUUCGAUUCGAUGGUUCUCUCAACGUUGAUCUGAACGAGUUCCAGACCAACUUGGUGCCGUAUCCUCGUAUCCACUUCCCUCUGGUUGCUUACUCACCCGUCAUCUCGGCCGCUAAGGCUGCCCACGAGGCCAACUCGGUUCACGAGAUGACCAUGUCCUGCUUCGAGCCGUACAACCAGAUGGUCAAGUGUGAUCCCCGCCAUGGCAAGUAUAUGGCUACCUGCUUGUUGUACAGAGGAGAUGUCGUUCCUAAGGACGCACACGCGGCCGUUGCUGCGCUCAAGACGAAGCGAACUAUCCAAUUCGUCGACUGGUGCCCAACCGGAUUCAAGAUUGGUAUCUGCUUCCAGCCGCCCGAGUUUGUCCCCAACGGUGAUUUGGCCAAGGUCAACCGCGCCGUCUGCAUGCUCUCCAACACAACGGCUAUCGCCGAGGCCUGGUCUGCUCUGUCCAACAAGUUUGACCUCAUGUACUCCAAGCGCGCCUUCGUCCACUGGUACGUUGGUGAGGGUAUGGAGGAAGGCGAGUUUUCAGAGGCUCGUGAGGAUUUGGCUGCGUUGGAGCGUGACUACGAGGAAGUCGCCACUGAUUCCCUAGAGGCUGAGGGAGAUGUCGAGGCUGAGUACUAGGCUGGAGAAUAUUGCCCUAUGCUACGUGUCACGGCCAGAGGCAUUUAAUAUCACUCCCACUGUCGCAUCCAAUUCAGGCGUGCCGCGAUAGCACCCUGUCUUUUUUACUAAGGGGGUAUCGGACGCGUCAGUUGCGCUGGAGUAGCACAGGAAUCUGGAAUUUGAUCGUUUGAUACCAGUGGAGAGGCAGCAAAGGGAGGCUUUUUAUUCGUCGUCAGUGACAGAGCCUAGUAGCAAGACCAG